CUACCCUUCGGUAAUUAUCACUGAAUCUGUUUAGCACAACCUCUCUUUUCUCAUUCUUAUCUAGUCUUUCUCUACUGCUCUAUUCCAAUCCCUUCCACUUGUUCCACCUUUUUUCAUCUCUUCACUUUCUUUGUCUAAUUUCUUUUUUUUUUGUCGAUCUUCACGCUUCGUUGUAAGCGUUUUUUUUUUCUCUGACAAAGAGGUCCAGAAAAAACUAUUGACUUUGACCUGUUUGAUUUGUUGAUCUUGCAUGUUUUCCGGUAUUUUAUACUUGGUUAAAGACGAUCAUCGUUUUAUAUGUUUGAAGACCUGUUCUCCGCACUCGCCCAUGACGUCCAAGCGCAAAUCCGUCGACGUGUCUGAUGGCGGUCCUAGUCGUGACAAGCCAAAACGCCCCCGAUCCUUGGUGUCCACGACAACUGGCACCGCGGAUCGCUCCAUGCCGGUUCCAAUGGCAGAGAUUGAUCGUCUCCAAGGGGUCCUUGAUCAUCUCCGCGAUGAAUGGACCUCGAUCAAUAUUCUGCUCCACUCCUUGAAGAACGUAUACACCGUUUAUCCUCUCGAUUCCGAAGAUCAAUUGGACGAUGUCGAUCGCGAACUAAGUAUUGCUCAUGACGAUUUGAUGGCACAAGUGCGUAGUUUGGAUCGUAAUUUGAAACGCAUCAAUAUGGAAUUGGGUUCCCUCAGCUGUCAAUUUCGCCCUGAUCGUCAUUCUGGAUAUUCCUCCACGUCGGACAUUUCCACCAUUUCCCCUUCACGGUCGAUCCACCGACCUUACAACAACUCACCCAAUCAUAAUUUUUUCAAACAAAACAAGGAGUUCUGAUUAUUCUGAAUAUGCAUCUUUUGAUACUUUUUACUUUUCAUUCUCAA